AUGACACGCAACACGUCGCAGCGAGAAACUGCUGAUCUACAGCCGCUUCUUGACUACUCUGAUAGUAAUGAGACGUUUCAAAAUGAUUUUGUUGUGCGCAGAAGAAUAAGAAGGAAGACUGCAAUUUGGAUGGUGGGGGUGGGCGUUGUCGCUGUCUUGCUGCUGAUUGUCCACAUCUUGUUCGUGGCUCGAUUAAGAAAGACGACAGUGACACUGGAACAGGUGACCCUGCCAGACUUGUGUCAUUGCAGAACGAUGGGUGAUGUCGUCAUGAAGUUUGAGAAUCCAUCGUAUUGCUCACCUGUAGUUGGGCCACUGAACAUCACAUUUACAACGAAGAACAUGGCUUUCCUGCAUAUUCAUGUUGCUUCGUUUGAGCUUCAAUCAGGCAUUACAACGAUAAUGUUAUCGUUGGAUUUUGAUUUAUUGACGUCUCCAGAAACACUUUAUAGCCUAGUGUUUGUUGAUGGAAAAAAUAUUGACGUUCAUGGACAAGUUCCUGUUCUGAUAUCGUGCAUGUUGGUCCCGUUCACAAUUCAUUUGGACGUCUCAAACCUUCUGAGAGCGACCCCGCAGCCACCUGUUGAUACGUUCUUCCCAAUGAGAGGGGAUAAUGCAUUAGGCUUGCCUUUGUAUCGUGCCGACGCAUGGAAAUCAGGUAUUGUGAACGGAAUCAUGACUGAGUUGGAGCAUGUCGUGAAGCAGGUGCUAAAGACUAUUGCACUUUCACAUUUUCACACGAAGACAAAUGAUCAAGAGAUUUUUGCUUUCACCGACGUGUCGCUCGAGUAUGCGUCAAUGGUGCUCUGGAAUAUUCCCUCGCUUUCAGUAAAAGUCGAAUCUGUAGAGAGACAAACCAUUCUCGUGGCAGGAAUCAAGCGAUUUCUCUUGGGGAAUGGCAAGACGUUUAUUUAUGCCUAUACAGAUGUCUUGAAGAAUCAAUCGGAGCCACUUCAGUCGAUGUUGCAAUCGUACUUGGCAGGAAAUGACGUUGCGCUCCAUGUAAGCGGAAGCAAUCGAGAUACUGAUUGCUACUCGUUGCAAGUGCUCGACCACGUAGACGUUAAGAUUAAUAUCCCCGCCAUGAUAGACAACAAGCCGGCGCUGAUUCGUGAGUACUCUAUUCAGCCAGUGCUGAAGGAGCUGGAUUCGAAGACGCACAAGUGUUUAUUGGAGAUAAAGGUGUAUUUUAAGAUCAACAAUCCGCUGCCCAUUCGCUUUGACUUCUACGGGAUUGAACUGGAUCUAUUGUACGAGAAGGUGUUGUUAGAAGACAGCUGCAAGCCAAAAUUUCUUCAUCAUGUCAAGUACAUUGAGCACGUGUCGUGGGCGCCACACGAAGAGAAUAGCAUCGUGCUGAGUACAGCGAUUCAUGGAUUCGAUACUUGCAUGGAAGUGGUAGAUUUUUUUCUUCACAAUCAGCUGGCGUUUGACAUACAGCAUGGUUGCAUUUCCAUGGGUGCUGGUAAUGGAAACUUUAGUAUUCCAUUUUCAACCAAGGGUAUACGCAUCCAUCCCAUUUGGUCCAAUACGUCGUCAGUCGUUGCCAAGUCUGAGUCUUAG